UAAACCCUGGUUAAGAUAGCCAAGCUUCUUCCGGUCACUUCGUCUCACUAUAAAAGAUGGCCGCCUAUUCCCGAUCUGGGUUCCCGUUACCGUCUGUCCUUGCUCUCGUCGUCGAUUUUGCUUCUACUCACCGACUCCAUCCGCUGCUUCAGUAGAGGUUUGAUAUGUGCCCUUCAGCCCCAAUAUCUGUUCAGCUUUGUAUCAAUAAACAUUGGUCUGAUGAAGAAGUUAUACAGUUAUUAGGAGGAAGAACUAUGGGGGAUCUGAUCCUGGCGAAUCUGAUCACUGGGGUCGAUCCUUUCAACAUCGAACCAUCGAAUUCUUCUGAAGAUUCUUGGUACUUGUGCAACUCCAAAGGCCAGCAAUAUCCGAACAGGAGAAAUACAAUUACAGAGACAAAGUCUGGAUUCUGGAGAAUAAAGGAUGAGUGCAGAAUAUUCACGAAUACCACUUGUGUUGGUAGGAAAACGACAAUGGAAUAUUAUGAAGGGAAAGUACCCAAGGGAAAUAAAACUAGGUGGAUGAUGAUUAAAUAUCAGGUAGAGUGUAAGACUGGGAAUGGGUUUAAUCAACAAAAGGACUAUAAUUCAUUAUGCCGAGUUUUCUUGCAAAAUGAUUGGACAGAAUACGAAGAACAACACUAUUCUGCUAGUGCCAAUGUUGGUGGUGAAUAUAUCAUCCAAUUGGUGCAAGUCUAUCGAGAACCAGAAGAAACAGAUUUACCUUCCAAAAAUGUGCUCAACAGAUCCCUGUUGGACAAUUAAGAGGGUUGUUUCCUUGAAUGAGCAGGGGCAACCGGCAUUCUCUGAAAGUGUUGGUGAACCAUUACAUGAGAAUGUAGUGGAAGAGAUAGAAUCAAAUUGCAAUUUUUCAAUUGGAGAUUACCUGGAACUGAAUGAUUUAAUGAGUCCAGAGACAUCUUCAUCCAGUUCAAACAAUUCCAGCUGUGUGUCAAAUGAUUCUUAUGACUACUUUGAUGCUGAUGCAUUUUUGUUAUCUGUUGGGGAUGAAGACAACAUGAGAUCUGAUGAAGAAUAUUUAGAUCGUAGAUUUAGUAUCCCCAUCUUAAUCGAAUCAAGUCAGACUGCUGUUAGGCCUUCCUCACCAGGCUCAAUUCAUGGCAAUAACAAUAUCGUGACUGAAGAGAAUAUGGCUACCAGUUCACUGCCUCGAAACGAAAUUUUAGACCAAGGACUUCCUGUAUCUAAUGAGGAGGUGCAGUGCACGAGAGAUGAUAAAUCAGAAAAAUCUGAGGGCAGUCAGACAAACCAAGUUGCUGAUAGUUCAUUUGAUGUCAGGAGUAUGCAGGGUAAUGGAUUGAAGAAGACUGGUAAGAUUGCAAAGCUUGGCAAGAAAUACUGCUGCUUUGGAUCAUUUUAGUCAGUCAUCUCACUCAUCCUAUAGUUGUCGACAAAGUAGAUUAUGAGGUCAUUCUAAUGAAGAAUUGCAAUUGUCUAGCAACUUCGCUGGGAAGCUUGGGUUCAAAAUCUAGAGAAACACUGCCUUUUUUUUGUCAGUGUUCUUUGAACAAGAGUUGUCUCACUAAUUAGAACUUCAUCCGGAGGUGGUUAGGAAUUCAAGUUGCAGAUUUCAUUGAGAAAUCCUUGCCAUAUGGCAUAUUUUAUCUUCACACAGCUUCUGUUGUAUUGCACAAGUUACCUCAGCGGUCACAGUAUCAGUUACAUCUUCUGCUUUAUUAGGGGGCAUCUGGAGGAUCAUUGCUAUUAGGUUUCAUCUUAGAUUCACCCAGUUUAUGUGAAUAAAUAAAAUCAUAGCAGAUGGGUGUUGAUUUCACAGUAUGUUAAACAGUAUGUUUACAUUCUCUUUCUUGAUCUAAUGUGAAUUAUAUAGUUUGUUAGGCUUUCCUGUA